CAUAAAGAAACAGGAAACAGAAAAAAGCUUCACAUCUUCCUUUAUUGCGUUGUUCUUCCUCGCCGGGCUAUCAGAAGCAGGCUCAAUCCAUGGCUUCGCUCUUAGCUAACGGUACUGUUUCUAGCUUAUCUCCCAAAUCCACCUAUGAAUCUCCUAAACUCCCAAAAGGGUUUAAUCCAAAGCUCCAAAAUCCGAAAUUCCCAAACCCCAAAACCCCAACUUCAAGGCUCUUCAAGGUCCGAGUAGAUGUCGGGUAUUCGGGUCCAAGUUCUUCUUCUUCUCCAGGUAAGUCCUCGAUUUCAACAACAACAACAACAACAAGUGCUAGUGAGAAAAUCCAGGAAAUUCUACGUAACGUUGAGUACGACAAGAAAUAUGGUUUUAAUAUAGACAUCGAUUCGUUUUCGAUUCCUAAAGGGCUCUCGAAGGAAACAAUCCGACUGAUUUCUUCGCUUAAAGAAGAACCAGAUUGGAUGCUUCAGUUUAGAUUGAAUGCCUUUGAGAAAUUCUUGAAAAUGAAAGAGCCCAAGUGGUCCGAUAACCGAUACCCACCUGUUGAUUUCCAAGAUAUGUGUUAUUACUCUGCGCCCAAGAAGAAACCCACUUUGAAUAGCCUCGACGAGGCCGACCCGGAACUCGUUAGGUACUUUGAUAAACUUGGUAUCCCUUUGAAUGAGCGGAAUCGAUUGGCUAAUGUUGCGGUUGAUGCUGUUCUCGAUAGCGUGUCGAUUGCCACGACGCACAGGAAGACGUUAGAGAAGGCUGGUGUGAUAUUUUGCUCAAUAUCUGAGGCGAUUAGGGAGUACCCGGAUUUGGUUAGGAAGUAUUUAGGGAGAGUAGUGCCUAGUGAGGAUAAUUACUAUGCGGCGUUGAAUUCAGCGGUGUUUAGUGAUGGUUCAUUUUGUUAUAUUCCGAAAGACACAAAGUGUCCAAUGCAAAUUUCAACUUAUUUUCGGAUAAAUGCAUUAGAAACCGGGCAGUUUGAGAGGACAUUAAUAGUUGCGGAUGAGAGGAGUUUUGUGGAGUAUUUGGAGGGGUGUACGGCGCCUUCAUAUGAUAGAAACCAGCUUCAUGCUGCUGUGGUGGAGUUGUAUUGUGCUGAGGGUGCGGAGAUUAAGUACUCCACAGUGCAGAAUUGGUAUGCUGGGGAUGAGGAAGGGAAGGGAGGAGUUUAUAAUUUUGUUACAAAGCGGGGCCUUUGUGCUGGGGCUCGCUCAAAGGUAUCUUGGACCCAAGUGGAGACGGGGUCUGCCAUUACUUGGAAGUAUCCGAGUGUUGUUUUGGAGGGAGAUGAUACUGUGGGUGAGUUCUAUUCGGUAGCUUUGACGAAUAAUUAUCAGCAGGCAGACACGGGGACAAAAAUGAUACACAAAGGGAAGAAUACUAGAAGCAGGAUUAUUUCUAAAGGUAUCUCAUCCGGGAAUUCAAGAAACUGCUAUAGGGGUCUUGUUCAGGUUCAGUCUAAGGCAGAGAAUGCUCGAAAUUCCUCUCAAUGCGAUUCCAUGCUUAUUGGUGACAGUGCAGCUGCCAAUACCUAUCCAUACAUACAGGUGAAGAAUCCCACAGCUCGCAUUGAACACGAAGCCAGUACCUCUAAAAUUGGUGAAGAUCAGCUAUUUUACUUUCAGCAGAGGGGAAUUGAAUAUGAGAAAGCCAUGGCUGCCAUGAUAUCUGGGUUCUGCAGGGAUGUGUUUAAUGAGCUUCCAGACGAGUUCGGUUCUGAGGUGAAUCAACUUAUGAGCUUGAAGCUUGAAGGAUCAGUGGGUUAGGUAUCAGGUAAGGUUUCAGUUUAAAAGCUCAUGUUUGUUGGAGGGAAUUUAGGUCUUUUUGUCAAGAUGUUUUAAGAUUGUAAAAGUCUCAGAUCUCGUUAAGCAACUAUUUGUAUUACACACUGGGAAGAGUCUGGAUACUGUGUACAUAAAAAGAUUUCUUGUUUGCAUGUUGUGUAAUAAUAUUUUUUGUUAUAUAUCAAA